AUUUUUAUAUAGAAGAACCGCAGUAUGAUUUGGAACGAAGUUUAAGAAUCAUCGUAUUUACAGUAAAUAUUUGAUCAUGACAACCCCAACUUGGCUGGACUUGGGUAAAUUAUCAGAGUCUGUGUUUAUGGGACUGUGUCACAAAGUGGGAUGCUCACAGACAGUGAUCAUGAGGAGAGAGAUAGUAGACUUCAGGGACAUGAUGAGAACUCAAGUAAUACAUACAAGAGAAGACAUAAAGAUGAUCAGUGGGAGUACGAAAGAAGGAUUCAGGCUGAAGGAAUCAGAUUUAGAUGUAAUGUUUUGGCCAAAGGACCACUAUGUAGUCUGGGACUUGGACCAGGCUCAGAAUUAUGACUUGAGUAGAAAAACACUGAUUCUCUGUGAUUCUUCUGAUAGCCUACCAGGAUUUGCGUUACUUGAAUUACUAACACCAACACACAGGGAAAGUGUAAAGAAUGCAUGUAUAAGAAUAAAUGACAGACUCUAUGUAUCCAGUUUCAAAUACAGACAAACCACAUUUUCAAUAGUUGUGACUAAUUCUAAGGAACAUGGCCCGUGCGGUAGUGGUGUUCUUUUCGGAGUAGCAGAGUAUGACACUGCCCAAUGUUUUGUCUCUGAUUUUUGGCCCCCUCCUGCCUCCAAAUGGAUAGACAGAUGUCACACAUGGCCCACGCCUUCAAUUGUCGAUGAUAUAGUCAGAAAUGGAUGCCACUUUGUAGCAAUAGGACACAAAUUAGGAAAGCAUGCAGACAAAGAAUGGAGAAUUUCCUUCUCUUUGGCAGAACAAAAACUUGUCUACUCAAUGAACCAUUGUCAAUUCUUAACCUAUGGAUUGCUUAAAUUGUUUCUAAACGAGUCUAUUAAUAAUGGAUUAAGUGAUGAGGACAAAUUACUAUGCUCCUAUCACAUGAAGACAGCGGUUUUCUGGAUUAUUCAACGAAACACAAUACCUCACUGGCAUCCACAGUAUCUUCUGGAGUGUUUCUGGGUCUGUUUUAAACUCAUCCUUAAAUGGGUGUAUGAGGGAGUCUGUCCAAACUUCUUUAUUCCAGAAAACAACAUGUUUCUGAGUAAAAUCCAUGGUGAAGCACAAAAGAAUUUAUUCAUUAGGCUUUAUAAAUUGUAUGAGAAGGGUAUAGUAUCACUGCUUCGUAUUCCAUCUAUCAGGUCCAGUGUUAUAAGUGUUCUUAAAAAUCCCAGACAAUCUGUUGCUACAAAUAAACACAUGCUGUUGUCCAGGGUUUUAUUUGAAAUAAAUCUUCUUCAUGAAUUGAAUUCCAAUAAAAUAACAACAUCAGACCUUAAGCAAUGUAUAAGGUUCUUAAACGAUGUAGAAAAGUUGAUAAUUUUACCCCUGACCCAGUUCCAGGUUCUCAUGUUACAUAGGUUUAUAGCCUCUAUACUCCAGAGCACGGUUUUUUUGUUACAUAAUGUUUUUACCGGUUUUGCACAAUUCAAGGUAUAUACUAGCUCAGUUGUAAACAAACAGGUGUACAUGUAUAUGGCUAAAACAUCCAAUUAUAUGCUGAAAUUAGCAGCCAAGUUUGGGUGUAUUUCUGAUACGUUGCACAUUGUAAUGUUUUACUACAAGACACUUAGAUAUAAAGAAGCCUUAUCAGUCCUAAAAAUGACAAAGGCCAAGUUAGCACAGCCAUACGUUGUUUAUGUCUGUUAUUCAAAUACAAAGGCAGCAUGGUACAUGUUUCAUCAGUCCUUAGGGGGACAGUCUUGGUCUACAAAAAUGAGACAUGCUGUAGCCUGGGAUUUAAUUCUUGAUAAUGAAAUAUGUUACAUCAAUGAAUUAGUGCCAGAACAAAUGUCGGGACUACAGAGCGAAAACCGUGUAUUACUUAUCCCACUCUAUGUUGUGUUACACAUGUUAGAAGUCUUGUGUUACAGACAUGUAGACCCAGUGAGAGCACAAACAGCUCUAGACAAUCUACAGGACCUGGUUCAUCAUGAUCAGAGGGAGUAUAUAAUGAAGCCUAAAAGAGACAUAUCCUGGGAGAUUCUAGGGAUCUGUCAACAGGUGACAGGGAACCAUCAAGCUGCUCUGUAUUCCUACCAACAAUCUCUCAGACAUAAAUCGCACAACAUACAAACUGCUACAUUGAUGAGAAUACAAGAAAUCAUGACACUCAUGCACGGAAAUCAAUAUUACUCACGAUAAUAUGUCAAGAUAGUUACCUGUCAAAAUUCUGCAUUUCAGAGAAAGAUACUUUCAACCCCCC